CUCCCUCUCCAACCUCCCUCUCUGGCCCAAGCAAACCGAGCCGAGCUCGCCCAGACCCACGGCCAUGGCCGCCGCCAUUGCUGCCGCGGAGCUCGGGCUCACCGCGGAGACCCCACCUCUGGCGCGUUUCCGCCCGAGUAGACCCCGCAGCGAGCUUCCUCUCGCCGUGGCGCAGCUCCCCAACCCGCUCACCGCCGCCCAGGGCCUCCAGAACACCGCUGCCGCGACACAGCAUCGCCGCCGUCCGCAGCUCGCCGUCGAGCUCGUCGUUCCGCCCUAUUUCCGCCCAAAACAACCUCGGGAACGGCUUCACCUCGCCCCAACGGAGCCCCCAAGCCCAGACACCUCUGCCCAUGGCCGCCGAAGUGCCGCCGCGCCGGAGCAGACCGCCGCCUCCGAGCACUUCCCCGCGCCCCGAGACCACCCAAAGGUACGAUAGAUGUACCACUUGAAGGAUGUGAUGUUGAAGUCGAGCCAGAAGACGGUGAAUGGUGGACACGUUUAGAAGAUGGACGGAUGGAUCCCGAUGUGCACGACCGAAGGAAGAUGCUCGUUGAGCAAUUAUCCUUUAACUAACAUUAACCUAGUGUUAAUCCCAGGCAAGCCCCGGAGCAUGUCCUAUCGAUUUUAA